AUGCUGCACGUGGACCUGGGUCAGCCGGUCGACGUGUGGUCGGUGAUGCUGCACGUGGACCUGGGCCCGCCGGUCGACGUGUGGUCUCUGGGCUGCGUGGCGGCCGAACUGGCGAUGGGGCGGCCGCUGUUCGAGGGCGCCAACGAGGCCGAGAUGAUUUUCUGCAUCUGCUCCAUGCUGGGCGCCCCGCCACAAGCCAUGAUGCUGCGCUCUUCGCGCUCCACGCUCUACUUCUGGAUCGAGACGCGGGGCACACUUUGCGUGUGGCAUCUUCUGGACGCAGACGCUCUGGGAAUUGGGAAGAACACCGCCACACGAAGAAUACGCUACUUGUCGGAGGUCAUGGAGGUACACUUCGCCCAACGAAAAAGGUUCGGCAGAGAAUUGCCGAACAAGGAAGACUCCCUCGACUUUCUGGACAUUUUGACUAAAAUGUUGACAUUGUGUCCU